AUGAGCGCCGGGGUGGGGAGAGGCGGGGAGGCGAGGAGGGAGGGCCGUGACAGUAACCGGACACCGAGCUCGGCCGCGGCUGCUGUCCGCUCACAAGACGCCAGCGGCCGGCGGUGGCUCGGCGGAGGCUCCGUCCGCUCCAAAUGGAGGAGGCGUUCUAAAAGGCGACCCCGGACGGACGGAACGACACGACCAAACUCCAAAUCUACAAUGAAGAAGAACAGAACAUGCGACGCGCGCACGGAACUUUCCGAGUUGAAAAUUGAGAAGGGAUCCAAGAACAUUGGCGAGCUCAAAGAAAAAACAUGUGAAGUAGUCUUGGAGAUGCUACCGCUGGACCACGAGCCGGAGUGGGCCGACAAAGGCGACAAGGCGGGCUGGCUGCGAAGGUUCUGCGGCAAAGGGUUGUUCCGGGAGAUCUGGAGAAACCGCUUCGUCGUCCUCAAAGAACAACAGCUGAUGCUGUGCGAGAAGGAGGGUCACGGAGCUCGCGAGGUUUUGGACCUCAGCCACUUCCACAGCUGCGACGAUGUCAAGAACCCGAAAAAGAAAAGUCGCAGCAAAAAGGAUCACAGCAAGUUUACGCUUCAAAAAUGCCGAUCCGCGCACGACAAGGUGGUCAACAUCAUGUUCCUGGCAGUGAGUCCCGAGGACAAAGAGUCGUGGAUCAACGUACUCAACGGCGCCAUCACCAAAGCCAAGAACAAAAUCCUCGAUCAGGUGACGACGGACGAGGCUCAGUUGCAUCACCCGACGCGAGGACGAGCCCGGAUCCGUCACGGCCGCCGCCCGCCCAGUCGAGGUCACCUUCUGGCCGUGGCUUCCUCGCCGGACGGGACCGUGACUUUGGAUCUGAUUCAGGAGGAAUACCCGGCGCUCGAAGAAACCCUCCCGGCCUCGGAGCGUCCUCCUUCCGCCUCUGACGGCACGCUCUUCGGCGGGAGCGCCCGAGCUUCCGGGAAGUCGCGGAGUCUCCCGCGCGACGGGGCGGCCGCGGCUUCCGACCUGGGAAAAGAAGAGGGGAAAUCCCAGAAGAAUCGCUGCGCCUCCAUGGACGAGAUUUGCGGCCGCUCCGACGAAGCCUCCUCGCCCGCCGGCCGCCUCCGACGCCUCGUCGGCGUCGAGACGGCGCGAACGGAGCGACUGCUGGCGGCCGCGCGGGAAUCGGGCGGCGGAACGCGGACAGCGGAGGAAAUGAGAGCGGAAGCCUCCGGCCUCCUGAAGGAGGCGCUGGAGGUCCUGGAGCAGGCUCGCCGAGUUCUGCGGGAGGUCCAGCAAUUCCGAGAACUCCACCGUCAAACGGAGCGAGAAGGAGAAAAUUCCCCGUCCUGA